ACAUGGUAUGUAAUCAUAACAACAAACUUUGGUUUUUUGGAUAAAAGUACAUCGUUAAUGUUAAGCAAAAACCAUAAAAAAUGAUGUUUCCUUGAAAAUUGAGAAUAUAACAAACUCAAAGAAAAAGACUUAUAAUGUAAGCAUGUCAAAUUACUUACUGCAGUUAGAGAUAGGCUAAGUGGGUGAACCAACUGCUUUACAAGGUUGAACUAAGAGUUGCCUCCGACAACUUCUCUCCCUAUAAAAGCAUAGCCUCAACUCUCCAAUCUUUCACAAACAAACACUGACUUGCAUCUACCAAUACUCGACCGCGAGUUUUAAGAAAAGGAAAACAAUGGAGGCCUUCAACAGCAUUGCCAACCCUUUGAGUUCUUUCUUCUUUAUGUGCAUUUUGCUUCUCUUGGCAAAUGCAGCAUCUGCGAAAACUCACCACCAUGAUUUUGUUAUUCAAGCAACACCAGUGAAGAGGCUGUGCAUGACUCACAACACCAUAACGGUGAAUGGACAAUUCCCUGGACCAACAUUAGAAGUAAACAAUGGUGAUACUCUGGUCGUCAAGGUUGUCAAUAAAGCUCAAUACAAUGUCACCAUUCACUGGCAUGGGGUAAGGCAGAUUAGGACAGGAUGGGCAGAUGGACCAGAAUUUAUCACUCAGUGCCCAAUUAGACCAGGAAAGAGUUACACUUACCGGUUUACCAUUCAAGGACAGGAAGGGACUCUUUGGUGGCACGCUCACAGCUCGUGGCUCAGGGCCACUGUUUAUGGAGCUCUAAUUAUCCACCCCAAAGAAGGAGACUCAUAUCCAUUUCCUAAGCCCAAAAGAGAAACGCCAAUUCUUCUAGGUGAGUGGUGGGAUGCAAACCCUAUUGACGUUAUAAGACGAGCUACAAGAACAGGAGCACCUCCUAAUGUAUCUGAUGCAUACACCAUUAAUGGUCAACCAGGUGACCUCUACAAGUGUUCCAGUCAAGAUACUACCAUCGUCCCUGUGGACUCGGGUGAAACCAACCUCCUCCGAGUUAUCAACGCUGCACUCAACCAACAACUUUUCUUUUCCGUCGCCAACCACAAACUUACUGUUGUUGGAGCAGAUGCCUCUUAUGUUAAACCCUUCACAACAUCAGUCCUUAUGCUCGGACCAGGCCAGACAACUGACGUCCUAAUCACAACUGAUCAGCCACGAGCCAAAUAUUACAUGGCAGCACGUGCCUAUGCUAGCGCUCAAGGCGCCCCCUUUGAUAAUACCACAACCACUGCCAUCCUUGAGUACAAGACAGCUUCUUGUUCUUCUAAUUGUGUCAAGACCAAUCCAGUUUUCCCAUCUCUACCAGCAUAUAAUGACACGGCCACUGCUACAGCCUUCACAACCAAAUUCAGAAGCCCGAGAAAGGUCGAGGUGCCCACUGAAAUUGACGAAAAUCUAUUCUUCACAGUUGGGCUGGGACUGAACAACUGCCCAAGAGGUGCAAGCUCGAGUAAUUGUCAAGGUCCAAAUGGCACUCGAUUCGCUGCCAGUAUGAACAAUGUAUCUUUUGUGCUACCAUCCAACUUUUCCCUGCUACAAGCACAUCACCAAGGAAUACCUGGUGUCUUCUCAACUGAUUUCCCAGCAAACCCUCCUGUAAAAUUUGAUUACACGGGUAACGUAAGCCGAUCACUCUGGCAACCCGUUCCAGGAACAAAGCUGUACAAACUGAAAUAUGGCGCAAGAGUGCAGGUUGUGUUACAGGGGACAAGCAUAUUUACAGCUGAGAACCACCCAAUUCAUCUCCACGGAUAUGAUUUUUACAUCAUUGCGGAGGGUUUCGGUAACUUUAAUCCCAAAAGAGAUACAGCUAAAUUCAACCUUAUUGAUCCACCUCUCAGAAAUACGGCCAGUGUACCCGUCAAUGGAUGGGCAGUCAUCAGAUUUGUCGCUGACAAUCCAGGUAAGAGAAUAGAUAGAGGGAAACAAGUACUCACAUCUCCAAAUAUUCCCAACUUUUUUCUAUACCAUGUCAUAUUUCAAUGCUACAAAUUAACUCAUAUUAUUGACUUAACCAGGAGUGUGGCUAAUGCAUUGUCACUUGGAUGUUCACAUUGGCUGGGGUUUGGCGAUGGCGUUCCUUGUGGAAAACGGAGUUAGUGAAUUGGAAUCAUUGGAGGCUC